AUGACGAGUACUGCUGCUACAAGUGGAUCUUCAGACUUAUUUUCGGUCAUUCUUCCAACAUACAACGAAAGGAGCAAUCUCCCGAUUUUAGUCUGGUUACUUGAAAAGACGUUCAGAGAACACAAGAUAAAUUGGGAAAUUAUAAUUGUGGACGAUAAUUCUCCUGAUGGCACACAAGAAAUCGCACUGCAACUGCAGAAGGUUUACGGAGAGAAUAGGAUUAUUUUAAAGCCGCGUGCUGGUAAAUUGGGAUUGGGGACAGCUUAUGUCCAUGGACUGCAGUAUGCCAAUGGGAACUUUGUCAUUAUUAUGGACGCUGAUUUCUCUCAUCACCCUAAAUUUAUACCGGAAUUUAUUCGAUUGCAAAGACUGAGGAACCUCGACAUUGUUACAGGAACGCGAUAUGCUGGGAAUGGUGGUGUAUAUGGAUGGGAUCUUAAACGAAAGAUCAUCAGGCAAGUUCGAGGAGCAAACUUCCUUGCCUCAACUUUAUUAAGACCAAAUGUAUCUGAUCUUACGGGAAGUUUUAGGUUGUAUAAGAAACCCGUAUUGGAACGGUUGAUCUCUCUGAAUACUGCUAAAGGAUACGUAUUUCAGAUGGAGAUGAUGGUGCACGCACGGCAUUUGGGAUAUACAAUAGGAGAAGUACCUAUUACGUUCGUCGAUCGUGUGUAUGGUGAGAGUAAAAUGGGAGCAAACGAAAUUGUACGGUAUGCCCAAGGAGUAUGGAAGUUGCCUAAACCCUUUCGCCAAGGUAUUCUACAUGUAUGCAAACAACGAGUAGCGAACAACAAGCUUGUUAGGAGAGAAACACGUCAUUUCGUCCUCGUACCGUUAGACAUAAUCGAGUCCCUCUUACAGCUACACGGUUCACCAGCCAAACGGCAGCACUGGAAAAGACAUCAUACUCUGAAAAAGCAAGCGGAGAACGAGUCAAUAAAAGGAAUCAAAAUAUAUAGACUUUUAGCAGAGGAAGCUGAUCGCUCUGUCGACCAGGUUAUGCGCCGUUACGGCUCAUACCUAGGACGACAGAAAGACGAGGAGUCUCGCGAGCUGCUUCAGCAGCACGGGGAGAGGGUUGCAGCAGGUACGGAGUUGUCGGAUAUUGUCGUCGGUCUUCCCGCAGGGAAGAAUAAUUCCCUGUCCCUCUGCGAGAUCGACUGGGCCCCGAAUGAAUUAUUGGCGCUGGGGGCAAUAUUUCAAUAUUAUAGCGUCAGCUAUAUAUAUAAAGAUAAAGAAACCGGGCAGUCUCCAUUUCCGUUCGAUCUGAAGAAUGGUCUAAAAAGGUAA